AUGGAGGCACUGCCACGGGAGCUGGUGUGGGAGGUGGUGGGUUGUCUGCCGGUGCGCGACGUGCUUCUGGGCGUGGCACUGGCCUCCCGUGACUUCCAUCGACUCCUGUGCGGCUCGUCGCCGUCGUCGUGGACGUCGAACGAGUUUUGGCGCCUCUACGCCCUCCGCUGGCGUCUUGUAGGCGAGGGCGAUGGCGAUGGCGAUGCGCCCGAGCUCUGCUGGCGCUCCUUCUGCCGCACGGAGUUGGAGGGCUGGCGGUUCGGCCUGGAGGAGAGCCUGCACGUUGACGUGCCGCACGGAGGACUGAAGGUGGCCGAUAAGUCGGAUGCGGCGGCUGUGCUGGCGAGCGAGAAGGAGCAGGGCGUGCGCAAGACGCUGCUGCUCGACAAGGCCAGGCGGCGCGUUGAGCUGGUACUGCACAGGGACAACUGGGACGCCUCCCUGCUGCUGGUCGAACGUCCCAUCCCUGCCCGCGGCCCUGCAUCGAUUCGGUUCCAUGUGACGAGGCAAACGGGCUUCUGGAUGGUCGGCGUGGCAAGCCCCAUUCCCCAGGAACGCCUCCCAACUGGCCCGCAGCCCUCGUAUGGAGUGACGUGGGACCUCCGCCUGGCCUACAACGUCAACGGCUCCUUCAAUGUCCAGCCCGUAUCGCACUAUGACCCGGCUCCGGAAUCCGACACAGGCACUACGCUCUACCCCAUCCCCCCCUCUUCACUCAUCCGCCUCCGAUUGGCCCAGUUGUGGCUCACUUCGUUUUGGCGGCACUGCACAUUCCCCCAUCACCAGGCUUUAAAGAAGGCCAAGAGGUGGAGGUGCGGGUGGAGCACAACAUGGCGUCCUUCUUUGUAG